AUAAAAGUAUUUUGUAAUAUUUUAAAGAUUUCUAUAUACAUUAAAUUUAAAUUCUAAUUAUCUUAAAGUUUAUUUUAUAUCCAGCAGGCGGCGGUAUUGCACGGCGCGUGCAAGCUGCCAUGACUACGAGGUGAAGAGAAGAAGAGGAAAACAGGACGGAAUAUCACUCGAGAUCAUUUUACUUUUAUUUCGUUUUCUUUUAAAAUAUUCAAGUCAGUUGAUUAUAAUUCGACCUUCACUCUUGUGUAUCGUCAAUUUAAUCGCAUAUUUUUGUCGCUGGAUGACAAAGUAGGAGGAAGAAGUUCGUCCUCGUCUCAGAUUUAUGGCUGAGUCUCAAAUAUCUCACUGCGCACUAUUUAGGUGCACUUCGUUCACGUAGACGGAAGUGGAGUUUUCCUCCCUAGGUUUAAUAGUGCACUACGUGGCGAUUUGGGAUUCGGACACAGCCUCUUAGAAUGGCAAAUCCUGAACAGAUUCCUGAAGAGUUUGAAGCAUAUAAAGUGAAGCAUGCUCCACCGACUGUGUACUUCAUCCCGGAGUUUAUAACAGAGGCAGAAGAGGAGAAUCUUCUCCAGCAGGUGUACAAAGCCCCCAAACCCAAAUGGACCCAGCUGUCAGGAAGAAGAUUACAGAACUGGGGAGGACUUCCUCAUCCGAAGGGGAUGCUCGCAGAAAAGCUUCCUGAUUGGUUGCUGAGAUACACAGAGAAGAUCUCAGGCCUCGGAGCGUUCGGCGGGAAAAACGCCAAUCACGUGCUGGUGAACGAGUACAGGCCAGAGGAGGGCAUCAUGCCUCAUGAAGACGGGCCUCUGUACCACCCGACAGUAACCACCAUCACUUUGGGUUCUCACACGCUGCUUGACUUCUACAGGCCCAUUGAUGAAACACAGACUGAGGUUCCUCAGACGGAGGAGAGCCGCUACGUGCUGUCGUUGUUGUUGCAGCGCCGCAGUCUCCUGAUCGUGCAGGACGAGAUGUACAUGCACUACCUUCAUGGGAUCAAAGGUGUUGCUAUGGAUACGCUAACGGAGCGUGUGGCGAACCUGUCGGUGGCAGGAGGGCAGGUGGGUGACACACUUCCACGUGGAUCCAGGGUCUCCCUCACCAUCCGUCACGUGCCCAAAGUUUGCCGUGCCAACCUGCUGUUAUCCAGGAAGUGACACCAUCAUCUCUAAACCAGGAAGUGACAUGAUCACCAAAAAGCCAUGUGAACCAGGAGGCCGAACAUCUCCAACUAGAACGUGACACAGCCAUAGACGUUAGUAUGAAGGCUUUUAAACAGGAAGUGCCAGGAAACAUUCAUCCACAAGCUUUAUACUGUUCUGAUUUUUUACCAACAUCCAGACUCCAGACGGCAGCUCUGCCCAUUCAGCUUAAUUUCCUCCUCACUUCUAUAACAAAUAUGAUCUGGAUCUAGAGGAGAACCUCCCACCUUUACAUACGUUUCAACAGAAUUCAGGAGACGACUUGCACAUUUAAGGUGUUUUUCUUGCAGGACCGUGGAGGAGAUUCCUACAAAACAUAUUCAUAGAAUAUAAACUGUUUGUUCAAUAAUCUGUUUGAUUCACCAUCAUGAACCUCUUGAGAUUCUCAUCAGUACUGUAACAGAUCCUCCAUGUUUUCAGUGUUGGAUUGUCGUGAUCGGGAAUUUGUAGGCGAGUUUAAUAUGCUUUUUAUUAAAGGUAUUUACACGA